CAGACAUUUUUUAUUCGAUAGUCAAUUUCUAUGACAUGUGAUUGUUUUUGACAGUUGCAAGAUACCCAUCAUUGCGAUAAAAUAUGUACGCCACUGAGAAAUAACGGCGUCUGCUAUAUAACAAAACUACUGCAUAUGCGCGGGAUAUAUCUUUUGAUCUAUGUUUUCGAUUUGUUUUUCCGUCCGUUCCGACAGUUCCAACGACACGUGUUUUUAUUCUUUACAUGUCAAAACUUGAAAAAAGGCAAAACAGAUGAAUGUUACACAAAAGGAUGGAUAACGAUUUAAAUAAUCAGAAGAAGAAGAAGAUAUGUAUGACUCCUGAUUUCACGCUAUUUUUGAUUGUAUAUACGUUAAACGCGUGAAUGAAAUGAACAAAUAGAUCGUGCAAUUUGACAACGAUACAUUGUCCGAUAUUGCGUGAUUUUAAUUAAGUGACAUUGUAUACGAGUAUUUGUACGAGAGAACUUUCUUUGGAUUCCAAUGUUGUCUUGACUCAAUAAAUCGCGCGUACGUUCGAUUCGUACGUACAUCCAAUUGAUAUCGAUGCAGAGAUACCAAACAUAUUGAAAAGAACGUGCGAAGAAAUCUCUGUUCAUUAUGAGCGACGAUUCUGACAUUGAAGCUGAUAUUCAAGCUCUGACUGAAGCUUUGGCCUUGCCUACAAACAGCGAUUCACAACAACAGUUUGUUUCUAGUAAUUCUCGACCUAGUAGCACUCUUUCGAUAAAUUUUGAUGGCAGCGACGAUGAAUGUUUUAACUAUAUCUAUGCAAAUCAGGACAAUGAGUCUCUGAACGCUUACGAGAUGAAUGAAAAAUUGAUCACAGGCCUGAUGAUGGCUAAGAAAAAAUUGAUCGUUUUGCUACAAGAGUGUGAAGGGAAGAUAAAGGAAGUGGAAGAAAAAAUGAGUUCCAGUGAAAAGACAAGUUUACGUACUCCUAAUAGAAUUGCAGUUACCAACGCUGGCAUGCCAUAUUUUAAGGAUAAAAAUCAUUUUAGAGCACCUAAGAACAGCGACAUGAUAUUAAAAGAACAACGUGGUGAGUUAUUUCUGCCCUCUCUUAAAAAGCCGAGUCGUUGGACCGGAAGGGACCGAGAAAUACUUUUAAAGGCCAUAGAAAACGAGGCUAUUGAAUCGAUACUGUCUAAAGGAUUUACUGAUGAAAUUGAUGAUAAACAAUCUGAUGAGGAGACAUUGAACAAUCAAACUAAAAAGAUUGCAUUACCACUGCCUAGAAAUUUUAAGGAAAUGGUAGGGGCGAUUGACGAGAGAGGGUUUGAUUGGCACAAAAUUUCUAGAACAGAUUUCGAAGAUAAGCAUUCACCGAGUGAAUGUCAAGCCAUGUGGAAUGUCUAUUUGCAUCCCGACUUCAACAAGAGCGAGUGGACAAAUGCAGAGGAUAAGAAACUGUUGCAGUAUGCCAAAGAAUGUAAAUAUCAGGAUUGGGACACAAUUACACAGUUAUUAGGAACAAGUCGUAGUGCUUAUCAAUGUUUCAUUAGAUAUAAUACUAUUAAGAAGAUGCCAUCCUUGGGACAUGCUUGGACUAAGGAGGAAGAUAAAUGUCUUGAGAAUAUCAUAAGCGAACUCAAAAUUGGAGAUUAUAUUCCUUGGUCUGAAGUUGCUAAUCAUAUGCGGCAUAGAACCAAACAGCAGAUUUACACACGGUGGAUGUAUAGGAAAGCGCCGCACUUAAAGAAAGGCAGGUUUACUUAUGCGGAAACAAAAACUCUCAUGGAAGCAGUAGAAAAAUAUGGCAUGGACUUUUGUAAGAUCUCAAACGUCGUGAUGCCAUAUCGAACUUCUAUACAACUCAACGAACGCUAUCGUACAAUAAUGGAAAACGUAAACAACGAUAAAAUAUGGACAAUCGAUGAUGACGAAAGAUUGCUUCAAUUACACAAAAAUUAUAAUAAUGAUUGGUCCAAGAUAGCCAUGUUUUUUUCCAACAAAUCAAGAACACAAGUGAGACAACGAUUCAACGCGCUACAAAAAUACAUAAAGAAAGAUAUUUCUCUUCAAGAUAUACCUAGACCUAAAAACGAUAAACAGAUUUCAACAUAUAAAGAAUUAUCUAAUCAUAUAUUAGAACAAUGUAAUAAAAUCGCAUCGAUUGAAAAACAUAUUGUAAACAUUGAUGAUAUUCAGCUAAGAUUGUAUGAAAUUCUUAGUUUACCUCCUUUAGAAACUAUCAAUUCUCAACAAGCUUACGAUUCAGAACAGCUCGUGUAUGAUACUAGAAGAUUGUAUGAUACAUUGAACCUAUUGAACGUCAAUCUUGAUUUGUCAAGUAAUUUUAUAAAUUUUAUGCAUCUAAAUAAAAGGGAGAAACAACUUUUGGCUUCUCUAAAAGAAUAUGUAAAUAUAAGAAAUAAUGGAAUACAAAAUCAUGAGCGAAUAGAAAAGUUCAGAAUGCAAAUGUUUGGUCCUGUCGAAAAAGUUAGCGAAAAUUCUUUUAUACCACCACUACCGUUUGAUGGAUACAUAAGAACAAAGAAGGUAAAAAGAAAAGAUCAGUCUAUAGAUUGUGAGCUAGAUAUCAAUGAAAAAUUUCUUAUCGAUGUGCCUACAGAAUUCUCUAUAACUUUCUAUAUAGAUUUUAUUAAUCAUGAGGAAGAAAUUCAAUUUUACAAAUUUAGUCAAUUGUUAUUAAACGAUUGUUAUAAAUGUGCUGAACGACAUAUAAAUUUAUACAAAUUAUUAGAAUGUAAUCUCUCUUUUGAUAAAACGAGCAUUUUACCAGAAUACCAUAAUAGUACAGAUGUGGAUUCGAAGUUGACAAACUACAAGCAAAGAAAAUGCUCGAAUAAAUUGCAAACACUUAUUAAUAUGGAAUAUAUGAAUGAUGAAGAUGAAGAAAAGCUAUUCAUUACGCCGAAAAUAAUUACACCGAAUCGAGCAACUUUAUUAGGUCUCAAGAAUUUGCUUCUUUGGAAGUUAUUGUAUGAAUGUCAAAAUAAAUCUGAACAUUGCGCAUUAGUGUUCAAAAGUGAGCAACAAGAAACCAAACAAACAACAAAUUGUCCUAUACAAACAGAAAGCACCGAAUAUAAAUUGCUGCAAAUUCGCCUGCUGCAAUUAUUUAAACUUCCCAUAGGUUUAUCAAACUCCAUAUUGGAACUAUCUGGACCAGCACCUAUAUUUUUGACAAAAAAGGAAAUGAAUCAAAAAACCGUUUCGAAAAAGAGAAAAUUUGAAGAUAUCUCUGUAGAAUUGAGCAAAGAAACAGACCACUUUAAUAUUUUUGCCAAUAGCAAUUCUAAAUUUGACUCCAAUGUUGGAACUACAGAUCUUUCCAUAGUACGUGAUUGCAAUUUGUAAUUUGUAAAAAAUUUAUAAAAUUUAUAAAAUUAUCGCAAAAUAAUAUUUGAUUCUUGAUAUCAUUAAAUCAAUUAAAGAAAAAAGAAGCAAGUAAACUAAGUUAAAGAAAGUACAUUUUCUCACAAAUAUGUUACAUUCUCCUUUAUUGUUUUUGUAUUAAACUGA